GCACGUCUUUCAAAAGGCGACAGUCACGUGACUCGGCGUCAUACAUUCGGCGUCGCACAGCAGCUCAGUCGCUUGUUUUAUUUCUUAUUAUAUAUUUUUUUCAAUGCUCUUAAAAUUGUGGUAUCAUCGUUAGAAAAUCUGUAUCGAGGAAUUUGACUGAUUUACAUCCACACAUCUGCAUCUGGGAGGCUCUGGAAUUAAAUAGUCAUGACUGAGCGAGUGUUUGUGUUUGUUGAUGAAGAGGAGCUUUUCGGCGUGAUGAAGGAUCUUGACUGUCUGUACUGUAGGAAUCCAGUGACUGCAUCUAAACAUCACCUCAAAAAGAGACAUCUCAGAUUCGCUGUGUAUUAUAAAGACUCUGGCAUUGGGAAGUUUUCUAUCCCGUGUUAUUGUUCUGAUGGAGGCCAUGGCAGGAGCCACUGGCAUUGCCCAAUGUGCUCAAAAAUAUUGCAAAGGACAAAGGAUUACAAAAUCCAUAUUACCAACCACGGUGUUGAGAUGACUGACAAAUCCACAGUUGAGCUACAACCUACAACAGUCCUGUUGGAGAGCCAACAAACAGACAACGAAGACAAGACUCCGGGCAACAAGUCAGCGUGCCAGAAGUGUGGCAUCUUCUUUACCACCACAUCAAAUUUGAGACGGCACGAGAGACUACAGCACAGCCAGAACCAGCCGCCCAUGUUAUGCAUAGAUGCCAAAAAUGCCAUCUAUGUUACACCUAAGGAUCUGCACGGACCUAGAGUGCCCAUUCAUAUCCGCAAAUCCUUCGCCUUACAGAUACUGCUGUGUGAGCUGGAGGAAUGCUGGGAUUUCAUGAGAGCACAGGCCCAGAGCGGGAAUCCUGGUAAAGAGUGCCGUCACCUCGUGAGAACUAAUCACGCGCAGCACUACGUUCCCCCUCCACCGCUGUGUGUCAGCUCUCUGGAGGAGAUGACCGACAAACACCUCCUGUCCAUAUCGGAGAAACAAGAGUGCCAGGAGAUGAACUCCAGGGCAUGUUUAGAGGGAGCCGAUUGUGUGUACCCUAUUUUUUGGGGGGAGCAUGACCUUCCAGAGAGAUGUGUCUACUUUUCUGUGUACACAGACCUCAAGGACAAAUGGUGUCAGUUUGGGAGGACACGCGUCUCGUUUGACACCAAGUCUGGCAGCUGGAAGUGUCUAUGUGAACACAAAAGAAACCGUUGCGUCCACAAGCAUUUAUCUAUGUGGUGGUUGUUUCAGGAGCAUCCCAGAUUGUUGCAAAAUGCCCUAGAUAUCAACGCUGAAAGAGUCGACGUGGUCAUGGAUGAAGAGCUUAAAAUGUGUCCUGAGGGUGACGACCUCUGCUAGCCUCGACAUCCAUCAGAACUGCACUCUCGUGUUCUGUCUUCACUCAAUAAAAACACUUGCCAUACACUUUAUUUUGCCUUGUAGUUUGUUAACAGUUGGUUUGCAAAAAUUCAUGAGCUGUGCUGUGCUAUGUUUAGUGU